CGCACCCUCCUGGCUUGUGCCAAACAGCGGUUUGUCUGUGUUUCUGGACUGAAGUGACUGAUGAAAUGCAGUAGACAAGUCUGGAGGGUGAUUCUCUGGCAGUUCAACUUGCCUUUCAGUUCUGUGGAAAUUGGAAGAUUUGCUCUCUCUUUCCUCUUCUUAGAAUGGGCUGCAAUUUGUGCACUUUUCAGAAAAGAGAGGAACGCUACAAACUGCUGUACGAAGUUUCCCAGGUCAAUGGGAAGGAUCUCUCAAAGUUCACCCAUGAGGAGGCAAUGGAGGCUUUUCAAAAUGCCAAGGAGCCCAUUGUGGUCCAGGUGCUGAGACGAACGCCUCUCAGUAAACCAGUCUAUAGCACAUCUUCAGAAGUCCAACUCACGAAUGCUAGUACUCAGACUGACAUCACUUUUGAACACAUCAUGACCUUGGCAAAAUUUAGGCCACCUACCCCUCCUGUGCCAGACAUCUGUCCAUUUCUGCUCUCAGACAGCUGUCAUUCUCUUCAUCCGAUGGAGCAUGAAUUUUAUGAGGACCAUGAGUAUUUUUCCAGAUUACCUACUGAUGUAGACAGAACAGAAGACUUUGAAUAUGAGGAGGUUGAGUUAUGUCGUGUUAGCAGUCAAGAGAAGCUGGGCCUAACAGUCUGUUACAGAAUGGAUGACGAAGAAGACAUGGGCAUUUAUGUAAGCAAGGUAGAUCCAAAUAGCAUUGCUGCAAAAGAUGGCCAAAUUCGAGAAGGAGAUCGUAUUGUACAAAUAAAUGGGGAGGACGUCCAGAAUCAGGAAGCUGCAGUGGCACUGCUGUCUAGAGAUGAAUGCAAGAGGAUUGUGCUGCUGGUUGCAAGGCCAGAGAUUCCGCUGGAUGAAGGCUGGUUGGAAGAUGAAAGGAAUGAAUUCUUAGAGGAGUUAAACUUGGAAAUGUUAGAAGAACAGCAUAAUGAAGCAAUGCCAUGUACUGCCAACGAAGUAGAGCAGCCCAGAAAACAAGAAGGCGAAGAGGGUACAACAGACACAGCGACAUCUUCACCUAAUAACCAAGAGAAAGACAGUGGAGUUGGACGCACAGAUGAAAGCUUGAGAAAUGAGGAAAGUUCAGAGCAGGAAAACAUAGCUGAGGACGGCAGCAGCACGUUGAGAAGCAGGAGAGAAAGGGAACAGAGCCAGGACCCUCCAGGAAGAAGUGAACUUCGGUGCGAUGAGAGUUUUGUGUCUGGGGAUUGUGUUGGCAACCCUGAAAAGGAUUGUGAAAGAAUCCGACAGCUCUUAGAAAUCAAAUGCAAGAUUCGAAACCAUGGAGAGUAUGGUCUCUAUUACUCAAGCAGCACAAUAGAAGGCAACCAAGGGGAACAAGUGGGAGUAGAACAUGAGUUACAGUUACUUAAUGAAGAACUAAGAAACAUUGAACUUGAAUGUCAGAAUAUCAUGCAGGCUCACAGACUCCAGAAAGUCAGAGAGGAGUAUGGAAAGAUCUGGGCAUUGCAAGAUGGAGAUUUCAAAAAUUAUAAUACCAGCCUGAAUAUGCAAAGUGAAAAUCUAGAUGAUAUUGUGGAAUACCCAGGAAAAUCAGAUAAAGACAGUUCUAGUGCUUACAACACAGCUGAAAGCUGCAGAAGCACUCCACUCACUGUGGACCAUUCACCUGAUAGUUCACUCCCAAGAAUAAUUAACCUCACCAAUAAAACAAACCUGAGAGGCAAAAUUAUUGCCACUCAGGGACAGAGCAGUAAUGAGUCCACCUUCACCAAAGGCAAAACCACUGAACAUGGCUGCAGUAGUGAAGGUGAGAAGAUUUCAGAAAGCAGCAAGUUUUCUGAGCAAGAGAAGAUGGGUCGUGAACAAAUCUCUUACCUCUCACCUUACCACAGUUCCUCAUACAGAUAUGCAGAUAUUCCAGCACACGCUAGACAUUAUCAAAGCUAUAUGCAGCUAAUUCAACAGAAAUCUGCAGUUGAGUAUGCUCAAAGUCAGCUCAGUUUGGUGAGCAUUUGCAAAGAGUCUCAAAAGAAUUCAGAACCCAAGAUGGAAUGGAAGGUGAAAAUUAGGAGUGAUGGGACACGGUACAUAACCAAGAGACCAGUGAGAGAUAGAAUUCUGAAAGAACGUGCCUUAAAGAUCAAGGAGGAGAGGAGUGGCAUGACAACAGAUGAUGACACUAUAAGUGAAAUGAAAAUGGGGCGUUACUGGAGUAAAGAAGAGAGAAAGCAACACCUGGUUCGUGCCAAGGAGCAGCGUCGGCGCAGAGAGUUCAUGAUGCGGAGCAGGUUGGAGUGUCUGAAGGAGAACCCUCAGAGUGGUAGUGAGGGUAAGAAGGAAAUCAACAUCAUUGAACUAAGUCACAAAAAGAUGAUGAAAAAAAGAAACAAGAAGAUUUUGGACAACUGGAUGACAAUUCAAGAACUAAUGACCCAUGGGGCCAAAUCUCCUGAUGGCAUGGGAAUUCCUAAUGCCUUUUUGUCAGUCACCACUGUGUGACCCAAUUAGUUAAAUUUAAUUUAAGAGGGUGCUACCAGUUUGGGUAGAGUAUGAUUGCCUCGUUCAAUGUGGCAUUUUUAUAUGCAUUUAGUGAGUCUUUAUAAUUUAAUUUUUGUAAGAAUAAU